ACUGGGAAUGCUCUAGGUCUAUGUAGUCUGUCUACCAGAGACUGAAGAGUGAACUACUAAACGGGCAUAGGCUAGUAAGCUAAUCAUGUGCUAAGUCAGCUAACUUGCAGGCAAGCAGCAUUGUACCUUACUCCUGUGGGGUGGCGUUAUAAUGGUUGUAACGCGAACGCUAGCCAAAACGAAGAGGCUAGCAACAGUUGAAUGAAGAAGCAGGUCGUUGUUUGGAUUGUUUUUAAUUAGCUAGGUCUAGCUAACGCGGAAGGCAUCCUCACAGUGUAAUCAAUGGUUAGCAUAACGUAACGGACAAAAUAGUCUGCUCAUAUUACAAGGGAUUUCUUCCUGAGUAAAGGAUGUCUAAACGCCUGAGAAACACUGAACUCUGCGCUGAUUGCAGUGUUCCAGAGCCUCGCUGGGCCUCGGUGAACAGGGGUGUGCUGAUUUGCGAUGAGUGCUGCAGCGUUCAUCGGAGUCUGGGCAGACACAGCUCACAAGUCCGCCACCUGAUGCACACACCAUGGCCUCCCACGCAGCUACAGAUGGUUCAGACAUUAUACAGCAAUGGUUCAAAUUCAAUAUGGGAGCACUCUCUUCUGGACCCUGCGUCUGUGAUGAGUGGAAAACGCAAGGCCAACCCUCAGGACAAACUGCACCCAAACAAAUCAGAGUUUAUAAAAGCCAAAUAUCAAAUGCUGGCGUUUGUCCAUCGCAUGCCUUGCCGAGAGGACGACAGCUCGACAGCCAAGGAUUUAAGCAAGCAACUUCACUCAAGCGUGCGUACCGGGAAUCUCGAGACUUGUUUGCGGCUGCUGUCCCUGGGAGCACAAGCGAACUUCUUUCACCCCGAAAAAGGAAACACUCCCUUGCAUGUAGCUGCAAAGGCAGGACAAGUAUCUCAGGCUGAACUAUUAACUGUUUAUGGGGCAGAUCCCGGAGCCCCUGACAGCAAUGGCAAAACUCCCAUUGACUAUGCAAGGGAAGCGGGCCACCACGAGCUGGCGGAUAGAUUGGUGGAGGUCCAGUAUGAACUAACGGAUCGACUGGCGUUCUACCUGUGUGGGAGAAAACCAGAUCAUAAAAAUGGCCAGCACUUCAUUGUUCCACAAAUGGCUGACAGGAAUAUCAGUUUAGAUUUAUCAGAGCUGGCCAAGGCAGCAAAGAAGAAACUGCAGUCUCUCAGUAAUCAUUUAUUCGAGGAGCUGGCCAUGGAUGUGUAUGAUGAGGUGGACAGACGAGAGACUGAUGCAGUCUGGUUGGCUACACAGAAUCACAGCACACUGGUGACGGAGACAACUGUGGUGCCUUUCCUUCCCGUGAACCCAGAGUAUUCAUCAACACGAAACCAGGGACGACAGAAGCUCGCAAGAUUUAACGCACAUGAAUUUGCAACUCUCGUGAUUGACAUAUUAAGUGAUGCCAAGCGAAGACAACAAGGGAAUUCAAUAGCCAGUCCCAAAGACAAUGUUGAGUUUAUCCUGAAGAGUGUGGCUGUCAGGCAUUGUAGCGAUAGCCAGGACAAUGACCAGCCUGACUAUGAUAGUGUGGCGUCCGAUGAGGAUACAGAUCAAGAGAUCCCCUCGAGCAAAGGAGAUCGGACCAAGAGCCUGGACUCUGACCUAUCAGACGGCCCCAUUACUAUGCAAGAAUACAUGGAGGUGAAAAAUGCGCUGUCCGCCUCUGAAGCCAAGAUCCAGCACCUCAUGAAAGCCAACAACAACCUGAGCGACGAGCUGAGGCUGAUGCAGAAAAAGCUGCAAUCUCUGCAAAGCGAGAACACCUCUCUCAGGCGGCAGGUCACAACCAAUAUCUAUCAGAUCCCCAGCGGUUCAGACUACCCUGACCCCUCCAGCCCCUCAGCCCUGAAACGCCGGCAGUCUGCGCGGGCCAGUCGGCCCAUGUCUAUGUAUGAGACCGGCUCAGGCCUGAAGCCCUAUCUCCCUAAAGGGGAAACUCCCUACCCAGAGGAGGGUAUCCCCACCCUGCAACCCUUCCCACCUCAUACGGAAAGGGGCGCUUAUGUGACCACCUCUUCAUCCCUCCCCUCAUUUCCAUCCACCCUGUCUUGGUCGAAGGACGAAAGUGCUCAAAAGGCCUCUAAGUUAGAGAAGCAAAGCAGCAUGCCAGAAAGCGACUAUGACAACACAUUCAAUGACUCUGAGAUGGAUGACUCAGGCUUGUGCAGGAGAGGGAGGCUGAGGAGCAGCGGCUGGCUCGGGGAGGGCAGCUCCAUCCCUGAGCUGGAUGACCUGGAGAUGGAGUCAGACCCCACGCUUCCCAGCACAGAGGACGUCAUCCGCAAAACCGAGCAGAUCACCAAGAAUAUCCAGGAGCUGCUGCGAGCUGCUCAGGAGAACAAACAUGACAGCUUCAUACCCUGCUCAGAAAGAAUACAUGUGGCUGUAACGGAAAUGGCUGCCCUCUUUCCUAAGAGGCCACGCUCAGAGACUGUGAGAGGCUCUCUGCGCUUGUUGACCUCCAGUGCAUACCGGCUUCAGAGCGAGUGCAGGAAGGCGGUGCCUUCAGAGGGCUGCCCGGGACCGGACAUGCAGCUGGUCACCCAGCAGGUCAUCCAAUGUGCUUAUGACAUUGCCAAGGCAGCCAAGCAGCUUGUUACCAUCACCACAAAGGAGAAUACUAACUAACAGCACUUACAGGGCUGCAAAGCCGUCAGCAUCUCAGUUUGUUCUUAUAUAUAUUUUUAAUGAUUUUGUUGUUUUUUUUUUGUAUUCGUGGUAUAUGCAUGCGUUGUUUUUUUAAUUUAUGAAUAAAUCUUGACAAUAUUUAAAGCCAACUCUGGACAAAAUCUGAGCAUUAAGGGGAAAAAGUAAAAAACAUUGGGAUACCCUGGUGUAAUAGCACAAUUUCUCUUGAGGUAAAAUUAUAACUACAAAUCAUGUUGCAGCAGCUAGCAGGCCUGGGAACUGUAGUGGUUUCUAAAACGUUCUUAAACAAUCACAGUAAAACUAUCUCUUAGUUACAAAUAAUCUUUAAUCAGUCCAUACUGUAAAUACCUUUUAUUGAGAGAAAGAAUUAAGCACAGUACAGAAAAUCCACAUGAUAUCAGUUAAUGUUAUCAGUCCAAAGACAGACAUGGAUGCUGAAAAGCCAUAAAGGGGUCAUGAAUCAACUGUCAUCGAAUUGCUAACACUCUUGUAGCUAAAGGAGCUUCCUCUCAUUAAUUUCACUGUGCAAGCAUCGUCAUUCUGUAAAGUUUCCUCUCCAAAAACAAACUGACCAUUUAGUUAACUUCCAUUAAAUGUUGGGACUUCAUUCAUGCACACUGUGUAGCUCUGCAAUGCUAAUGUUUGCAAUCGAAAAAGCUAUUUAUAUGGUUUGGUCCCUGUCCAAGUGUAAUCCAGUCUGCAGUGCACUUAUUGCAGCUAUUUAUGUAAGCCCAUAUGUCAAGUCAGUGAAUGCAAAUAACACUUGUUCAGGGGCCAACUUAUAUCCUUCACCAGCGCCAAGAUGUUUUUGUUUUAAGUUAAAAUGAUUUGGUGUGUUUCUAACAGGCUCCACACUGCGUUGUACUCUGUGGUCUUGUGUGCCAUUGCAGUGUUGUUGAUGUUACUCAGAACUCACAGCCAUAUUGUAUGUAUGUCCAUGUGUUUUGUGCUCUGUUCCGUUGCUGCUAGUUUUGUAUUUAAUGUGCAACAUAUGGGAUAGAACUCUAGACGUCUCCUGUAUAAUUGUGCAACCCAACGUUCAUCCUCACCAAGUGUUUCAGAGUUCAUUGUCAUUUUGAAAUCUGAUCAAGGAAAUGUCCCUCUCUGCACUUGAAUGGAGUGCAGGGAUGUAUGUGAUGCAGCUGUUAAGUUGCACUUUGGAAAAAUAAUUAUUUUCUAAAUAAACGUAAUUUAUAA